CCUCACGUGUUCUUGUUGUGAAGAAGAAAAGAUGGCAGCUCCUGUCAGUGAAGUCCAGUCCGUGGUCGCUGUUAAAAAACCUUCAGGACCACGAGGACCUCGGCGGGUAGCCAAUCAGAUUCCUGAUGAAAUCCUGCAAGACUCCGAGUUACAGGAGGCGAUCAAAGCGCUGCCGGCGAAUUACAACUUUGAGAUUCACAAGACGGUUUGGAGAGUGAGACAAGCCAAAGCUAAGAGAGUGGCUCUGCAGCUUCCAGAGGGCCUGCAAAUGUUCGCCUGUGUCAUCGCUGACAUCAUUGAGAGGUUCACGGAGGCAGACACCAUCGUGUUGGGAGACGUGACGUACGGCGCCUGCUGCGUGGACGACUUCACCGCUCGAGCUCUGGGAGCGGAUUUCAUGGUGCACUAUGGACACAGUUGUCUCAUCCCCAUAGACGCCACGGCGGGGAUUAAGAUGCUCUACGUGUUUGUGGACAUCCAGCUGGACAACGCACACUUCCUGGACACGGUCAAGUUCAACUUUAACCCGGGACAAAGUCUGGCCCUCGUCAGCACCAUUCAGUUUGUGGCCGCUCUGCAGGCUGUGAGCUCAGUCCUCAAGUCAGAGUACGACAUCCUGGUGCCACAGUGUCGACCUCUGUCACCGGGAGAAGUUCUGGGCUGCACCUCCCCUCGCUUGGACCGCCAUGUCAACGCCAUAAUUUAUCUGGGAGAUGGAAGAUUCCACCUGGAGUCCAUCAUGAUCGCAAACCCAGACAUUCCUGCCUACAGAUAUGAUCCGUACAGUAAGAUCUUCACCAGAGAGUUCUACGACCACGAGGCCAUGCGUGCACUGAGGCUCCAGGCUGUCGACAAGGCUCGCUCGGCCCAGAGAUGGGGUCUGAUUCUGGGCACGCUGGGUCGACAGGGCAGCCCUAAAAUCCUGGAGCACCUGGAGACGAAGCUGCAGUCGCUGGGAAAAGACUUCAGUCGAGUUCUUCUGUCCGAGAUCUUCCCCAACAAACUGGAUCUGAUGUCAGACGUGGACGCGUGGGUCCAGAUCGCUUGUCCACGCCUCUCCAUCGACUGGGGCUCCGCCUUCUCCAAACCUCUGCUGUCUCCAUAUGAGGCUGCUGUGGCUCUACGGGAAGUCGACUGGCAGGAAAAUUACCCCAUGGACUUUUACUCCAACCAGAGUCUGGGACCGUGGACGCCGAACCAUCCUGACCACCAACCUGCUCGACCCGCACGCAGACCUGCACAGAAGCACGGCUCGCUGCCAGCUCCCCCUGCUGCUGAUAAGCAGUGCGGACAGAGCCAGUGCGCCCCGUGUGGCUGCCAAGGGGAUUGACACACACACACACCACUCACACACACCGUGUGACCAGUGCUCCAAACGGCCAAACCCAGCGGAGGAGAGUGGUUUUUGUUUUUUUUGUCCAGACUGAGGAUAAAUAAUACGUGGACGUUUGUGGACUCUGGGAAUCAAACGGACAGACUUUGUGUGGUUUGUUUUUGUUGAGCUGAUGCAUGAAAACAACGUGGCCUGAGAAGAAGGACUUCAGGCAAAAUCGCUUUCAUAAAGCCCUUUCUUUCAUGUCCAGUCCCCGACAAUCGUGACACCAUCUCUCUUCUCGUCCAGUCCCAAAUAAAACCAAAAACCUGA